GCUCUGGGGCGGCGGGCGGUGGAGGAGCUUGGCGAGUCUGGGUUUCAAGCCGGGACUGGACUUUCGCCGUCCAUGUGUGUGGAGACUGUGGGCAGCUGUAGGGAGUGGGGUGCUGAUUUUUUAGAAAUCUGGAUUUAGUUCUAGAAACCGCAGGGUUGCGAAGUGGUGACCGGAAGUGAUCUUGGAACUGACCGGAAGCUAGGCCUGUAGGGGGAAAGGAAGAGCAGGUCCCGGGAGGAAGGGGUCUUCCAGCAGAAAGGGACCUGGGUGGGUGGAAAAGGUGCAGAAACCGAGUGGAAGCUCUAGGCAGGCAGCGAGCGAGUCGCUGCACCUGAGUUGUUUGAAAAGAAGCGUGUGGCCGGCAUGAACUCAAGGGGCAGCCCACAUAGAGUGCGGGAAUGCUAGGCUGCCUCUGGGUGAUCUGUAAUAUUAAGCAAAAGGAGCCUCUCGUGGCUCUAGAGAGCUCGGAGGGAGAGGCAGCCCAAGUUAGCGGAGAUUAGUUGUUGGGGUUGGGGUUUGGCUACUGGGUACUGCCUGGGAAGUCUUGGCUUUCUGUAUUGUUGACCCCACUGGGUAGAAUCACACUACUCGCCUUUGUACAAGAAAAGGGGCCUCCUGGGGCAGGGAAGGAGCCAGGAUGGCCUGGGCUCUGAAGCUGCCUCUGGCCGAUGAAGUGAUUGAAUCCGGGCUGGUGCAGGACUUUGAUGCUAGUCUGUCCGGGAUUGGCCAGGAACUGGGUGCUGGUGCCUAUAGCAUGAGUGAUGUCCUCGCAUUGCCUAUUUUUAAGCAAGAAGAAUCAAGUUUGCCACCUGAUAAUGAAAAUAAAAUCCUACCUUUUCAAUAUGUGCUUUGUGCUGCCACGUCCCCAGCAGUGAAACUUCAUGAUGAAACCCUGACUUAUCUCAAUCAAGGACAGUCUUAUGAAAUUCGAAUGCUAGAUAAUAGGAAACUUGGAGAACUUCCAGAAAUUAAUGGCAAGUUGGUGAAGAGUAUAUUCCGUGUAGUGUUCCAUGACAGGCGUCUGCAGUACACUGAACAUCAGCAGCUAGAGGGAUGGAGAUGGAACCGGCCUGGAGAUAGAAUCCUUGACAUAGAUAUCCCAAUGUCUGUGGGUAUAAUUGAUCCUAGGGCUAAUCCAACCCAGCUAAAUACGGUGGAGUUCCUAUGGGACCCUGCAAAGAGAACAUCUGUGUUUAUUCAGGUGCAUUGUAUUAGCACAGAGUUCACCAUGAGGAAACAUGGUGGAGAAAAGGGUGUGCCAUUCAGAGUGCAGAUUGAUACCUUCAAGGAGAAUGAGAACGGGGAAUAUACGGAACACUUACAUUCAGCCAGCUGUCAAAUCAAAGUCUUCAAGCCCAAAGGUGCAGACAGAAAGCAAAAAACAGAUAGGGAAAAAAUGGAAAAACGAACUCCUCAUGAAAAAGAGAAAUAUCAACCUUCCUAUGAGACAACUAUACUCACAGAGUGUUCUCCAUGGCCUGAGAUCACGUAUGUUAAUAAUUCCCCGUCACCUGGCUUCAACAGUUCUCAUAGCAGUUUUUCCCUUGGGGAAGGAAAUGGUUCUCCAAACCACCAACCAGAGCCGCCCCCUCCAGUCACAGAUAACCUCUUGCCAACGACUACACCUCAGGAAGCUCAGCAGUGGUUGCAUCGAAAUCGUUUCUCUACAUUUACAAGGCUGUUUACAAACUUCUCAGGAGCAGAUUUAUUGAAACUAACUAGAGAUGAUGUGAUCCAGAUCUGCGGCCCUGCAGAUGGAAUCAGACUUUUUAAUGCAUUGAAAGGGCGGAUGGUGCGCCCAAGGUUGACCAUUUAUGUUUGUCAGGAGUCUUUGCAGCUGAGGGAACAGCAGCAACAGCAGCAGCAGCAGCAGCAGAAGCAUGAGGAUGGCGAGUCAAAUGGUACUUUCUUCGUGUAUCAUGCCAUCUAUCUGGAAGAACUGACAGCUGUUGAACUGACAGAAAAAAUUGCACAGCUUUUCAGUAUUUCCCCUCGCCAGAUCAGCCAGAUCUACAAGCAGGGGCCGACAGGAAUCCAUGUGCUCAUUAGUGAUGAGAUGAUACAGAACUUUCAGGAAGAAGCCUGUUUUAUUCUGGACACAAUGAAAGCAGAAACCAGUGAUAGCUAUCAUAUCAUACUGAAGUAGGUGUGGAGCAUUCCAUCCUCAGUGGCUACUGCUUCCUUCACCUUUUGGGGACAUACCCCACCCUUCUGGAAGGGAGUCAUGAAUGGAGAUUUGAAGGUCUACAGGAACCUGACUCAUCUCAUUGUAUGUGGGGGAGUCCAGGCCAUGGAGGCAGAAACCAGGCCAAUUUGUACUGAAGCAUACACUUAUGACACACACAGAUUACUGCCUAACCUACAUUACUUCAGUCAUUUGUUAAAAUUGCCAGACCCUGUUGUUGUCAAAUAUCAAUAGAAAUUCCAUAUUUAGGGUGUAUGUUGGACAUAAUGAUUAUGAGAAUUGUGUGAUAUUUAAUCAGAUACUGUUAAAUCUUGUGAUAUGGAGCCAUGUAAUCUUUUUUCCUAAUACGAAACUGAACAUCUAUAUUCCUCAGAGUGAAUCCUUAUUCUUUUUUGCAUUGACUGUACUGGCUUUUUGCCAUAAUUUGGCACCGAAAACCUUGUCAAAGAGGAGAAAUACAGAGAUCGAGUAGAAAUUUUCUUUUGGUUACCCUGUAAGAUUAUGACUAAUAAUAAUUUUAGCUAACAUGUUGAGCUUUUUUUUUUUUUUUUUUUCCUCCAGGGUUAUGGCUGGGGCUCGGUGCCUACACUAUGAAUCCACUGCUCCUGGAGGCCAUUUUUCCCAUUUUGUUGCCCUUGUUGUAGUUAUUGUUGUUAUAGCUGUUGUUGUUGGAUAGGACAGAGAGAUCAGAGAGAAGGGGGAGACAGAAGGGAGGAGGAAAUGCAGACCUGCUUCAUUGCUUGCAAAGUGACCCCCCUGCAGGUGGGAAGCUGGGGGUUUGAACCCAGAUCCUUAUGCUGGCCCUUGCUCUUUGCUCCUUGUGUGCUUAACUCGCUGCACUACCACCCAGCUCCCCGGAAUAUUUUCUUAAGCCCAGGCAGUAUGAUAAAUAAUGAUCCCUAAUUGAAGGUAGGAAAAUGGAGACAUAUAGUGGCCUAGGAGCUUGCUAACAGGCAGCUAAGAGAUAAUGAUGCUGAACUCAAAACCCAGGCAAGCUGGUUCUUUUAGCCACUGUCCAUUACUGCCAGCUUUGUACUCGCCAUCUUUUCUUACUGUGGUUCUUCUGAGUGAGAACUGAAAAAUCAACCACUGGUAGGGAUAAACCACAUCUAAAUAUUGAUAAAUCAAGAAAUGAGAGUAUAGAUGGUUUUUAAGCAUCAUCAGUGACAAGUUUGUAGAAUAUAAAGUUGUGGUGAAAAGCUAGCAUUUGGCAGUAUUACCUAAAAGUCACUAUUCUUAGGACCUUCUCAAACUGUUGAUGAGUUAGGCUAACCCCUGCUAUUUGAUUCCACUCUCUGCAUCUUCUCUUGGUAUUCAACGAUUUUUUUUAACCCAUGUAGCUGCUCUUUUUUUCUUCCUGUCUUCAUGUUUGUUUGGCUUUUUUUUGUUUGUUUUGUUUGUUUUUUAACCAGAGUACUAUUCAGCUCUAGCUUAUGGUAAUACCAGGAAUCGAACCUGGGACUUCUGAGCCUCAGGUUUGAAAGUCUGUUAUGUAAUUCCUGUGCUAGUUUCCCCUGCCCUCAUGUGGUAUUCUCUUAUAUAAGCUUUACAAGACAUUCAUUCCAUUCUCAGUCACACUCAUAUUUUUGCUUUUUUUUUUUUAAUGGUAUAUGUGUGUGUGUGACGUGUGUAAGAUCAGUGAUCCUCUUUUUUCACAUGUAAAGUUUUAUCCAGAAAUCCCUUUACAUGUUGUCUUGAGAUGAAGAAGCAUAAUGUUCCAAUAUUAUGUAUUAGAUUUGGAUCUCUGUGUGUGUUUUUAAAGCAUUUGAUAAAGUUUAAAUGGUUUUAUACAGAGAUUUUUUGUGUUCAUUAAAAUCAACCCUGCA